AUGUCGAACGGCGGCGGGUUCCGUGAUGGUGGGUUUUUGGGCGAUGGUGGUGCUGUGAUCCAUCGGAGCUACGACACCGUGCUAAGGCUCCAACCGUGGCUACGUCCAGCCAACAAUCGAAUGGUCUCACCGGUAGAUCUUUCCUCUUUCGUUAUUCUAGUGCGAUGGCUGUGCGGCAGUGUGGAUGUGAUUGGUGCGUGCGGCGGUGGGUGUGUUCUGUUUGAAGCCAAGGGUCUUGAUUUGAAGGAUGCUAUAGUUCUUUCAGGAGCACAUGCUACUGGUUUUGCUCAAUGCUUCACUUUCAAGAGGAGACUCUUCAAUUUCAAAGGUUCUGGAAAGCCAGAUCCUAUGCUUGAUUCUUCAUUUCUCUCGAACUUGCAGAGCACUAGUUCUCAUGCUGAUGCAUCAAACAGAAAGAUUACUCUUCUCAACUCGCAGAGCACAUACAGGUUCGAUAAUAUGUACUAUAAAAACCUGCUGAAGGCAUUCUUGAAUCAGAUCAAGCUUUAUUUGGAGAUCCAAAGGCUGUUGCAAUGGUCAAGGACUAUAGUAUGGAUCCAUUUCUCUAUUCAAAAGAUUUCGCAACUCUAA